GCGACGCUUUCCCUCCACGCCGGGACAGGGUGGUGGGGGGAGGGAGGCGGUUAGUGGGCUUUAGCGCCUUUUCUGGCGGCGGUAGAUUUGAAGCGCUUUAAAGGACCGGACCGCAGGAAGAGGAGGCUGUACUGGUGCAAGUAGGUGGCGCGAAGCCCGUGUUGUUUCGGUGGCGUCCUUUGCAGCAGUCCCCGGCUACGAGAGCGGGAAGGGCCCGAGGAGAGGGGCGGAGUCGGCGCGAUAGGCCCGGCCGACUUAGCCGCUUUCCCUUCGAGGAGCAAAAGGAUUGAAUCAGUUUGUCUUAUAUUUUUCUCUGUUUAAAGAUUGAAGUAUUGAAGCCAUGGGAAUAAAGGUUCAGCGUCCUCGAUGUUUUUUUGAUAUCGCCAUUAAUAAUCAACCUGCUGGAAGAGUUGUCUUCGAAUUAUUUUCUGAUGUGUGCCCCAAAACAUGCGAGAACUUUCGUUGCCUUUGUACAGGUGAAAAGGGGACAGGGAAAUCAACUCAGAAGCCAUUACAUUAUAAGAGUUGUCUCUUUCACAGAGUUGUUAAAGAUUUUAUGGUUCAAGGUGGUGACUUCAGUGAAGGAAAUGGACGAGGAGGGGAAUCUAUUUAUGGAGGAUUUUUCGAAGAUGAGAGUUUUGCUGUUAAACACAACAAAGAAUUUCUCUUGUCAAUGGCCAACAGAGGGAAAGAUACAAAUGGUUCGCAGUUCUUCAUAACAACGAAACCAACUCCUCAUUUAGAUGGGCAUCAUGUUGUUUUUGGGCAAGUGAUUUCUGGUCAAGAAGUUGUAAGAGAGAUAGAAAACCAGAAAACAGAUGCAGCUAGCAAACCAUUUGCUGAGGUGCGGAUACUCAGCUGUGGAGAGCUAAUUCCCAAAUCUAAAGCUAAGAAAGAAGAAAAGAAAAGGCAUAAAUCAUCAUCAUCAUCAUCAUCAUCGUCCAGUGACUCAGAUAGCUCAAGCGAUUCUCAGUCCUCUUCUGAUUCUUCUGAUUCUGAAAGUGCUUCUGAAGAGAAAUCCAAGAAAAGAAAAAAGAAACAUAGGAAAAAUUCCCGUAAACACAAGAAAGAAAAGAAGAAGCGAAAGAAAAGCAAGAAAAGUGCGUCUAGUGAAAGUGAGACUGAAAAUCUUGAAGCACAACCCCAGUCUACUGUCCGUCCAGAAGAGAUCCCACCUAUACCUGAAAACAGAUUCCUAAUGAGAAAAAGUCCUCCUAAAGCUGAUGAAAAAGAGAGGAAGAACAGGGAGAGAGAAAGAGAGAGAGAGUGUAAUCUACCUAACUCCCAGCCUGCUUCAUACCAGAGGCGACUUUUAGUUACUAGGUCUGGCAGGAAAAUUAAAGGAAGAGGACCAAGGCGUUAUCGAACCCCUUCUAGAUCCAGAUCAAGGGAUCGUUUCAGACGUAGUGAGACUCCUCCACAUUGGAGGCAAGAGAUGCAGAGAGCUCAAAGAAUGAGGGUAUCAAGUGGUGAAAGAUGGAUCAAAGGGGAUAAGAGUGAGUUAAAUGAAAUAAAAGAAAAUCAAAGAAGCCCAGUUAGAGUAAAAGAGAAAAAAAUAACUGAUCAUAGGCAUGUAUCUGAGAGUCCAAACAGAAAAAGUGAAAAGGAAAAGAAACUUAAAGACCAUAAAUCUAAUAGCAAAGAGAGAGACAUCAGAAGAAAUUCAGAAAAAGAUGAUAAAUAUAAUAAAAACAAGGUAAAGAAAAGGGCCAAAUCGAAAAGUAGAAGUAAGAGCAAAGAGAAAUCCAAGAGUAAAGAAAGAGAUACAAAGCAUAAUAGACAUGAAGAAAAGAGGAUGAGGUCAAGGAGUAAAGAAAGGGAUCAUGAGAAUGUUAAAGAAAAAGAAAAGUCUGAUUCUAAAGGAAAAGAUCAGGAAAGAAGUAGAAGUAAAGAGAAGUCUAAACAGUUAGAAUCAAAAAGUAAUGAGCAUGACCAUAAUAAAAGUAAGGACAAGGAUAGACGUGCACAGUCUAGGAGUAGGGAACGUGAUAUAACUAAAGGCAAACACAGUUACAACAGUAGAACAAGGGAACGAAGCAGAAGUAGGGACAGGAGCAGAAGAGUGCGGUCUAGAAGCCAUGACCGAGAUCGCAGCAGAAGCAAGGAGUAUCAUAGAUACAGAGAGCAGGAGUACAGAAGAAGAGGACGUUCACGUAGCCGAGAGAGAAGAGCGACACCAGGAAGGUCGAGAAGUAAAGACAGGAGGAGAAGGAGGAGAGAUUCACGGAGCUCAGAGAGAGAAGAGAGUCAAAGCAGAAACAAAGAAAAAUACAGAAACCAAGAAAGUAAAAGUUCACACAGAAAGGAAAAUUCUGAGAGUGAGAAGAGAAUGUCCUCUAAAAAUCGUGAUCAUAGCAGCUCACAUAACAGGGAAAAAAAGGCUGAUAGAGAUCAAAGUCCAUUCUCAAAAAUGAAACAAAGUAGUCAGGACAAUGAAUUCCAGUUCUCCACUUUGAAAAACAAAGAGGAUGAGAAGACCAGAUCCUCAGUGGAAAAAGAAAACCAAAAAUCAAAGUGUCAAGAAAAUGACCACGCACAUGAUAAAAAUAAAAAAUUUGAUCAUGAGUCAAGCCCUGGAACAGAUGAAGACAAAAGUGGAUGAGUGAGUUGUAUAAACUUCUUAUUUCCAUUCUGUCUCAAAUUUUAAGUUUUAGAGACUUGCUGAUGAUUUUCCUUUAUGUUGUUUUCCUCUUUAGAAUUUUUGGGUUAUGUUUGUCCUUUUUUUUUUUUCCAAUGUGGACUUUAUUGAGUUGAUCUUUUGAUAAUCUGCAACCUGGAUAAUUUGUACUGCUAAAGUUUUAAUAAACUUGAAAUGAGAAAAACACUUUGGUGUAAUACUGUGUGCUGUGUUUAACUAUUUCAUGUAUGCAUUUUUGUGUUGCAACAAUCAGCCAGUAGCAAACAUGCUAUCCUACACCCUGAUUUGUGUGAUCAGCCAGUUGGAAACAAGCAUAACUGAUUGUUGGAAUACAUUGUUAUAAAAGUUUGUGUUUCUCAUGAUUAAAAAGUAACUUUAGAACCCACUAGGUAGAAGAAACCCUGUAUACAUUUUUCGAUUGCAUUUAUAGAGGCUUGCAGCAGCAGCUUUUAAUUACACAGAAAUGGGAUCCUAAUAACUUACGAUCUUAAGUCAUCACUUUUGAUUUUAUAGUAAUUUUUGCUUUAAAAUAUACAUAUUUAGUUAUUUAUAUUGCACUUCAUAUGUUAUUCCUUACAGUUCUACCAUAGCUUGUUUCAUAUUAACACUUUUCCUGUCUAGUUUUGUUUUACUUACUUAACUGUCUAUAAAUAUAGUUGAGUAUUUUUUUCAGUUGAUGUACAGAUUGGGCUUGACUUGCUGUUAUACAGCAUCUGACAAGAAUUUACCUUGAAGAUCAGAUUGUAAUUCUCAAUUCUAUGUUGCUUUUCGUCUGAAAAGAUGAAACUGUUUAAAUUUUGAGGAAUGUUUUAUUAUUAUUACCCUUCUCUAAAAUGAAAAAAAUACUUUUCUUACUAAAACAUACCACUUGUGCAGGUCUUUAAGUUAGACAGAUUCUAAAAAUAGUUAGUUUUGACACAUUAACUUCUGAGAUUGCUCUUUUUUGGCCACUGACCUAUAUAGAGUUGAGUGUUAACGCUGCAUGGUUCCUUCGUGUUGUGUUUCGUUUUUAACUUGAACUGACUUCUCUCUCAUAGCUGUGAGUUUCAAAUGGGAAGAAAAUGCAUAUUUUCUAUAUAUGUAUCACAAUAAACUGUAGCAUGCUUAUGACCCUAGUUUCUUUCUAUUCAGGUGGCUGUAUACCAUUGCUGUUAUUAUUUUAUCUUGGCAUGUAUAACAUCACCACAAAGAGUAGAGUAGAAAGUUGCCAAAUUUGAUAGCUUAUAGAAGUAAACACUAAAGAUAUCCAAAGUCCAUUUAGAAUUUUGUGUUGUAUAUUGCUAUUUUAGUGAUGUGUGGCCUUUUAUUCUGUAAUUUCUCUCCUAAAUAAAAUAUUGAACAUCCAGCAAACACAAAAUCUGCCUCAUUUGAAAAGAAAUUUCAGAAUUCUAAUUAGUAGUUGCCUCUAGAGUGUUUCGUACUUUAAUAUUUAGCAAUAGAGUCUUAACUCUAUUAACAACAGUAGUUCCUUGGUAAACCAGUAGCUACUAAAUGCUAUUUGUACUGAACAAAGCAAUGCUUAUUAACUUAAUACUUCCCAUUAUUGAUUAAUACAGUAAUGAUACAUUUGGCAUUGUGGUAUCCAUUUACAUAACGAAUAGGGUAAUUAUAAGAUUGGAAUAUCUUGAAACAAAUAUCCACAAUGGAGUCUUACUAAAAUUUUUUCUUGAUGAGAAAAAUGACAUGUUUGUGAUAAUCCAGGGUAAUUGAUUUCUUAGAGACUGAUCACAGACCCACCUUAGAGAUAAUUGAGUCUUGAGUCCCCAAGCUGUAUAAGCUGUUACAUAUUUUAAAUUAGUUAUUAUAUGUCUUAAAUUCCAUAAACUGCAUUUUAAAAAUCUUUGUUAUAAACUAUUUGAGCUUCAAGAAUGGUGCUGUUUAAGAAAGGAUUUCUAGUAAGUUAUAUUUGAAAAAAAAAAAAAAAACCCA